AUGUCCACCGGAACGGACAUUGUUUUCUUUCUGGCUUUUGUGUCUGCCUUCCUGAGUUUUGGCCUAAAUGCGGCGGGCCCGGAUGCCGGUCCGGCUUCGUUGAUGCUCGGCUGUGGCUCGGAUAAUGAAGCCAAAGAUGCAGACGGGCGAACAUGGUUACCAGACUCAAAGUUUGUUAGUGGUUCGAAUUCAAAUCAGGUCCAGGCUCAAUACCAAGACCCUGCACUUACUUCUGAGGUCCCAUAUAUGAAAGCCAGGGUGUUCACCUCAAAUACCACGUACAAGUUGCCGGCCAAAUCCAAGCAAAGGUACUUCCUUAGGCUACAUUUCUAUCCUUCAAACUACGGCAGCUACAAUGCGGAGCAGGCCUUCUUUUCGGUUGUGGCAAAUGGAGUCACGUUGUUGAAGAAUUUCAGCGCCUCCAUCACUUGCACGGCGACCACACAAGCUUAUCUCAUAAGAGAGUACGCCUUAGCUCCACUCACACAGGAUGGUUUGGAGAUCACAUUUGCUGUCAACACCGGUUUCGCCUUUGUCAAUGGCAUUGAGCUUGUCCCUAUCCCUGAUGACUUGUUCGAAAAGGCGGCGUUUGUUGGUGGGAAGGCGGAUGAUAGCAUCGACAGCAAGAGCUUGAAUUUGCAGACAGUGUAUAGGUUAAACGUCGGUGGGAGUUUCAUUGGGCCAGCCAAGGACUCUGGCUCCUUAGGAAGGGCUUGGUAUGAUGACAAUGCUUAUAUAUUUGGUGCUAAUGUUGGGGUCGAAAAUGUGGCUGACAAUAACACUAGAAUUGAGUACAAAGAUAUCCCAGACUAUUCUGCUCCUGUUGAUGUUUACACCACCACAAGAUCAAUGGGUCCUGACAAGGAUAUAAACAUAAAUAGCAACCUCACUUGGGUGUUCAACCAGGUUGACGUCAAGUACAUGUACAUUGUGAGGCUACACUUUUGCGACACCGUCUUCACCAAACCAAAUCAGGUGGUAUUUACAGUUUACAUCAACAACAAAACUGCCGAGCCUGAAGCCGAUGUGAUUGGAUGGUCAGGAGGGGUUAAUAAGGCUGUGUACAAAGACUAUGCGACAUUGCUUGACGAAAAGAGCGGCGGCGAUCUUUGGCUAGCCUUGCAUCCUAAUCCGGAUACAAUGCCACAGUACUAUGAUUCACUGCUCAACGGCGUGGAGAUAUUCAAGAUGGAAACUAGUAAAAGCUUGGCCGGUCCUAAUCCCAAGCCUUCGGAAAUGUUGGAAAAGGCCGAGGAAGAGCAGAAGAGAAACUUUGAAGAGAGUAAGAAAAAGGAUACGGGAUCAAAUAACAAAGCUCAUGUGAUUGGUGGAGCAGCAGGAGGAGCUGCAGCGGCUGGGGUAGUGGCUGCAUUGUGCAUUGCUGUGUAUCAAAGGAAGAAGAGAGUCCAAGGAGGCGAAUCGCAUUCUACUAGCUGGCUUCCAAUUUAUGGCAACUCACACACUAGUGCCAAAUCAUCCAAGAGUAACGGUAGCAGACAUCUCUCAUCGGCUGCUCAAGGCCGUUGCAGACGCUUCUCGUUUGCUGAGAUGAAACAGGCCACCAAGAACUUUGAUGAGGCUAAUGUGAUUGGUGUUGGAGGGUUUGGGAAGGUGUACAAGGGUGUUAUUGACAAUGGAGCUACCAAAGUGGCCAUCAAGAAGUCUAACCCUCAAUCCGAACAAGGAGUACACGAAUUCCAGACCGAAAUUGAGAUGCUUUCGGAGUUGAGGCACAAGCAUUUGGUGUCUCUUAUUGGAUUCUGUGAGGAAGACAAUGAAAUGUGCUUGGUUUAUGACUACAUGUCACGCGGAACGCUUAGGGAGCACAUUUACAAGGGCAACAAGACUUACUUGUCAUGGAAGCAAAGGCUAGAAAUUUGCAUUGGAGCAGCUAAGGGACUUCACUACCUUCACACAGGGGCGAGAUGGACAAUCAUUCAUAGAGAUGUCAAAACCACAAACAUUCUCUUGGAUGAGAAUUGGGAGGCUAAGGUCUCUGAUUUCGGGCUCUCGAAAACUGGCCCAGACUUGAACAAGGGUCAUGUUAGCACAGUAGUGAAGGGUAGCUUUGGGUAUUUGGAUCCAGAAUACUUCAAAAGACAACAACUGACUGAAAAAUCUGAUGUCUACUCAUUUGGGGUUGUCCUAUUUGAGGUGCUGUGUGCAAGACCUGCUCUAAAUCCAAACCUUCCUAAAGAACAGGUUAGUCUAGCAGAUUGGGCACUACAUUGCCAAAGGAAAGGUAUUCUCGAAGACAUCAUUGACCCUCAUCUGAAAGGCAAAGUGAACAUGGAGAGCAUCAAAAAGUUUGCAGACACAGCGGAGAAGUGUUUGUCUGAGUGCGGAGUUGAUCGACCGAGUUUGAAUGACAUCUUGUGGAACCUUGAGUUUGCUCUGCAGUUGCAGGAGGGCAUAGAACCUGUGGCAACCAGGUCGGAUUCACGAACACGUUCCGACUCCGAUGAUGCCACUUUGAGAAACCAGGAAAUGAUGGCGAUACAUUACAGCAACCUGAGUCUUGGAAGUGAGAGUGACCUAGGGGAAGUUCAACCAUCGUCAUCAUCCAAUAACAACGAAGCCGCCCCCGAUAGUGAUAGUGCAAUCUUCUCACAGAUUGUCAAUCCGACGGGUCGGUAGAGUGGAAGAAGAUUUGCUGUUAAAUUAAGGCGUGGGAUGCAAGCAAAUGAG